UAGUUUCUUUCUUCUUCAAAAUUGCUCUUCUGAAAUUAUUUCCAAGGUGGCAUCUUGUAGGUCCACAACGCCCUCCUUGGAAUUCAUUAGGCCAGAGACUUGGUUAAAACCAUGUUUACUAGCACAUGUUCCCUUGCUAACUCAUGGUGAACCAGAUCCUGGUUUCACCAGUUCAGCCAGUUUUCAAGGUUUGCAUGGAAAUAGUGAUUCCUCAAAUCAGUUGUGACCCAGGACACGUUAUUUGAACCCGAAUCCAUUGGGCUGCUCUUUGGAGGAAGGAUUUAAUCAAUUGUGCUGGAAGAUAAAUAAAAGUGAAUUUAGGGGUCCUUGGUGCUCUCUGAGAUUGGCUGUUUCCUUGCUGACAUUUCAUUACCCAUACUAGAAAGUGCUAGAAAGGAGUGGGGUUUUAUGGAGUGGAGGAGAACUGUGGGGUCCUUAGUCCUCUCCGAGCUGGGUUGUUUUCUUGCAGAUGUUUCGUGACCAAAUUAGGUAACAUCAUCACGUUCUAGCACUGAUGAUGUAUCCUAGUUGGGUCACAAAAUGCAAGAAAACAGCCCAGAGGAUAUCAAGGACCCCUCGUUUCAACCCUGAGCUAUAAAUAUUCUCUUUUAAAGUCAAUUCAGAAAGUGGGUCCAUCGGAAAGAAUGAAAAAGCAAAACUGAAGUCUUGAACUUACGAGUAAACCCCAUUGAACGUAAGGGGAUCCAAACCUUUAGGGGUCUACUCUGAAGUAAUCCUAUUGCAUUCAAAGGGGAUUUCUUCCAGGUGAAUAUGCCAAUCAACGCUGCUCUGCAAUUUUGAACUAUCGCCCAUCAUUAUUGUUGCUUGAUAAGCAACAAUUCACACGUGCAAAAAUAAUAAAAAAAUACCUGUCCUGCGCAGGCGCAGUGGGAACCCACUCGCCCGCAGUUGUUUUCCCGGCGGCUUGUUAAGAACAAACCCUGAAAAGGGGCGGAGCUUCUUGGAGGUGUGAACCAAUCAAAAGACGAGAGUGGGUGAUUGACCCAUUUCCCGGGAAAUUUAAGUAUGUUUCAGGGCGGCUGCAGCUGUAAAAACGGCUUGUACAAGGAAUAACGUAUAAGGAGAGACACACCUGGCCAAACCUGUCUGGACCGCAGAACGUGGAUCAUGCCUACCACAAAUGAGCACGAUGGACGUAUGAGGAAAUUCAAAAACAAAGGCAAAAAUUUUGCAGAAAUCCGGAGGCGAAAAAUUGAGGUGAAAGUUGAGCUUCGCAAAGCGAGGAAAGACGAACAGAUUUUGAAGCGAAGGAACAUCUGCUUUUUGGCGGAAGCCAGCCUGUCUCCCGAGAAAGACGAGAAGAACGUGGUUACUCAGGUCUCUUUGAUAGAUGUAGUUGAGCUGAUCAAUUCAGACGACCUUUUUCUUCAGCUCAAGGCGGCCCAGGCAGUCAGGAAGAUGCUGUCCAAGCAGAAGAAUCCACCAAUCAAUCAAGUCAUUGAAUCUGGAAUCAUUCCUAAACUGGUGGAGUUCUUGUAUUAUCACGAUACUCCCAAUUUGCAGUUUGAGGCUGCCUGGGCGCUCACCAACAUUGCUUCAGGAAGCUCAAAGCAAACCAAAGCUGUGGUCGACGCCAAUGGCAUCCAGGGCUUGGUGGUUCUGUUGUCUUCGCCACACAGCCAUAUCUGUGAGCAAUCGGUGUGGGCCCUGGGCAAUAUUGCCGGAGAUGGACCGAUCUGCCGGGAUACUUUGAUCAGCUUUGGUGUGAUUCCACCAAUCCUGUCCCUGGUGAUGCCUUCGACCCCGGUGGGCUUCCUGAGGAACAUCACCUGGACCCUGUCCAAUCUCUGCAGAAACAAAAACCCACACCCUCCCCUGGAUGCUGUGCGGCAGGUGCUUCCCGCCCUCACUUGUCUCCUCCAACAUAAGGACAAGGACAUUAUCUCUGAUACUUGUUGGGCGAUGUCCUACUUGACCGAUGGCUCCAACAAUCGCAUCCAGCUAGUGGUGGAGACCGGGGUCCUCUCUCGGCUGGUAGAGCUCCUGUACAGCACCGAACUUCCCAUUCUGACCCCAGCUCUACGUGCUAUAGGCAACGUGGUCACCGGGACAGACGAACAGACCCAGAUGGCCAUCGAUGCGGGCAUCCUGUCCGUCCUGCCGCAGCUCUUGCGUCAUCCCAAGUCAUCGGUCCAGAAGGAGGCAGCAUGGGCUUUGAGCAACAUUGCGGCUGGCCCCUGCAGCCAAAUCCAACAACUUAUCACCUGUGGGCUCCUCCCUCCUCUGGUGGAGUUGCUGGCCAAGGGAGACUACAAAGCUCAAAAAGAAGGUGUUUGGGCUGUGGCCAAUUUCACGACGGGCGGCACGGUGCAGCAAGUGGUGGCGAUGAUCCGGGCCGGGGUCCUGAAGCCUUUGCUCAAUCUGUUGUCCAUCAAGGAUAGUAACACCAUCCUUGUGGUCUUGGACAGUCUCGGCAACUUCUUCCGGACAGCUGAAAAGCUGGGUGAGACAGAAAAAUUGGGCCUUCUGGUUGAGGAGCUGGAAGGUGUGGAGAAGAUCGAAGCUCUCCAGACUCAUGAGAACAACUUGAUCUAUCGUGCUGCCCUAGCCCUCAUUGAGAAAUAUUUUUCUGGAGAGGAAGUUGAAGACAUAAAGCCUGAAAAUGAAGAGAAGAAAACGCUGCCUUUUGUGGCCGAACAGCAGGACUUUUUCAACUUCUGAAAGAGCUUAGCUUGUUACAUGCCUUCACAUAUGGUGAUGGUAGCUCUUUUUGGGUGAGCACUAAGAGGGAGGGGUAAAAAAAGGGGUUUAACACGUCUUAUUUGUUUGUCAUAAUAAAUCA